GCAGCAACCCAGGAAGAGGAUGUAAUUGGAAAGAAGAAGCGCUUGGCAUUCUUGGACCUCUUGCUGGAGUACUCAGAACAGAAAACCGCUCUCUCUGAUGAGGACAUCCGUGAGGAGGUUGAUACAUUUAUGUUUGAGGGUCACGACACUACCGCUGCUGCUAUAAACUGGUCCCUCUAUUUGAUUGGUUGUUAUCCAGAGAUCCAGGCUCGUGUGGAUGAGGAGCUGCGGUCUAUCUUCGGCGACUCAGACCGUCCAGUGACCAUGGCUGACCUGCGUGAGAUGAAGUACACCGAAAACUGCAUCAAAGAGGCUCUCAGACUCUUCCCUUCUGUGCCUAUACUGGCCAGGGAGCUCAAAGAGGAGGCUGUCAUUGAUAACUAUCGUAUCCCAGUUGGCACCACUGUGAUAGUGGUGACCUACUGUCUCCACCGUGACCCUGAACAGUUUCCCAAACCGGAAGUCUUUGACCCGGAUCGCUUUUUACCGGAGAAUGUCAGCAAGAGACAUCCCUACUCUUACAUUCCUUUCAGCGCUGGACCCAGGAACUGCAUCGGCCAGAAGUUUGCACUUAUGGAGGAGAAGAUCUUGGUGAGCAAUAUCCUGCGGAAGUACCGUGUAGAGAGCGUCACUCGCCGAGAAGACUUGCGUAUUCUGGGAGAGCUCAUUCUCAGGCCAGAAAAUGGCAACAUUUUGAAACUAACUCCCAGAGCAUAAGAAGAAUUUCAUGAAGCUACGUUAGACGACCUGGAUAGUUAGUAAAGAGUUUUGUAUCUUAAAGGAUCAGUGAGGUCAUUUUUAAUUUGAAGAAUGAGUUUGCAAUACAACUUAUCAUAGUUAUAGAAGAUGAGAACAUUGUCAGUGUGCAGCAGCAAUGCAGCAGAUAUUACCUUUCUCUCACUCUCUUGUGGCUUAAUAGUAUUUAGAUCCUGCAGCUUACUGUCAUAUACACUGAAAAUGACUUGGAAAAAGACAUUUAUGUAUAGUUCAGAACGUUUAUUAGAGGAAACGUUUCGCCUCAAGUGGCAUUUUCAGUCCAUUAGAACUGAAGGAGCCAAUCGUGGCGAAAUAUUUCCUUUCAUAAAUGUCCUGAGCUGUACAUAAGAGUAUUUUUCCACAUCUUGUGGGCAUUGCCAUACCCCUUUUUUCACUUGAAGAGAUAGUAUGGACCAGGUGUCAAGACGAAUAAAUUCUUUCAUAAUUACACCAGUCCUCGUUCGAUUAUUAUUAUUAUUAUAAUCAAAAAGAAGCGCUAAGCCACAAGGGCUAUACAGCAGUCCUCGUUCGAAAAUUUUUAACUGUGCUAUUAUAUCUUUUAAAUGUCUUUCUGAUCACUUUGCAUAUAUGAUCUGGCGCUGUGAGAUGUUUGCAGGAAAAUCUACGUAACGACUUUUCGUUCAGAACUGAACUUUAUUGAGUUUAUUGAAGUUCAGUCCUGAACGAACCGUCGUAAUAAAGGUUUGCCAGUAAACACAAAGUCUUUCUCAUUACCUGUUAACUUACACCAUCGUCUAUCUGUUUAUGAUGUUGCUUAGAAAUUCCACAUAAAUAGAUCUCACUGCUUACCAGCUAAGCAUAUGAGAAAUACUUCACACUUAUUUGUAUUUAAAUAAAGAUGAAAUUUCGUCUCAUAUUUUUCACAUGUGUGAAACAUUAGCGUCAAGACUUUUGAUUAUUACAAGAUCGACACCAUGCCUAACCCUUCUAGGGUAGGGUAGGUGCCUGAGCCCGAGCCUUUAGCUCAUAAGACUGUCAUUUCCAUUAGCCCCCUUGGGGCGGGGAUGGCAGACCAGAGAGGCCUAGCUUGUGGCUAGGCCUGGGGACAGUUGGUCCCAAAGAUGAGGAGGUACUUGUGCCUCCUCCCAUGGGAGACUUAGGUCUCAGACACUCCCUAAAGAGGGAGUCAAGGCCGGGCCACCACUUGGAAAAGGCCCGGGCCGGGAAUACCGGCUAAUCUUUAAUAAUAAUAAUAAUAAUAAUGAUUAUUACAAGAAUGGCAGAUCAUUUGCAUGCCCAAAUAAAAUCAGUAAAGCGAGAAAAUGAUCAUUAGAAUGUUAAUAAAUUUUCCUCAUG